AGUUGUGUGUUUAUAAAUUUCACUUAGAAUCAGGGUCAGGACUGCAGCUACCCGAGUGCCCAACAAGAACCCUUACAGAAUUGGCGCCCGAGCAGGGACAGGUGGUCAAACGCUGCAGGAUAAACGGAAAAUGGUUAGCAAGUGACAGGAGGAAGUGUUCGGUGAAAUCAAGGAAUCUUCCUUUUAUACAAGACGCAGCAAGAUCCACUACAAACUGUUCGAAUAAUUAACUACUUACGCCAUUUCGUGUAAUAAUGCUGGGCGUUUUGCUCUUAACAACCUUCUGCGCGGCGCUUGUCUACUUGAUCGUCAAGAUAACAUUUUAUUGGAAAUGGCAGGGGGUGAACCAGUGCGGCCCUUUGGAUUUGUGGCGAACCUUUUUCAAAUUGAUCCUCCAAUUUGAGCCCGGAUGCGAAACUUUGGUCGACUUGCAAAAUCGCUACCCCGAUGAAAGAUACAUCGGAAUUAACAUGUUUACCUCCAACAUUUUGCUGAUAAAGGACCCGGGCUUAGUGAAGGAGGUUGGAAUUAAGGAGUUUGAUUCGUUCGUUAAUCAUUACCCGUUUGUCAAUGAAGAAGUGGAACCGUUGUUCGGAAGGGUUCUGCUUUUGUUGCAAGGGGAACGCUGGAAGGCGAUGAGGUCCACUCUCAGCCCGUCAUUUACCAGUAGCAAAAUGCGCGGAAUGUUCAGGCUCUUUGAAGAAUGUACAGAGCAAUUCAUUGGGCAUUUGCAAGAAAAGGGCUCGUCGAGGAUUGACAUAGAGCUAAAAGACCUACUUACCAGGUUUUCAAAUGACGUGAUUGCCUCCGCCGCGUUUGGGCUGUCGUGCAAUUCCCUUAAGUGUCCCGAAAAUGAGUUCUACCUGAUGGGCAAAGAACUGACGAAACUGUCGGGCGUCUGGAAGAACAUUAGCUUUUUAAUCGUCACGUUGUUUCCACGUGUUGCAAAGUCCUUAGGUAUCAGAUUCUUCAGUCCGCAAGCGACCGCGUUUUUUCGCAAUUUAGUAAAAUCCACAAUUGAGGCGAGAGAAAAGAGUGGAAUUAUACGACCAGACAUGAUCCAUUUGCUGAUGGAGGCGAGGAAUGGUCGACUGAAGCACGACCUUGACGCAGAUGCUAUCGAUUCGGGAUUCUCAUCCAUUGAGGAGUCAGCCAUUGGAAAAGAAGUGCGGAAAGUCGAGCUUACCGAAGAUGAUUUGAUAGCGCAGGCACUCAUAUUUUUCUUUGCCGGUUUCGAGAGCGUCGCCAACUUGAUGUGUUUCACCGCGCACGAACUUGCCGUGAACUCCGAUGUGCAGACACAGUUACAGGAGGAAAUUGACGAGACUCUACGCAAACACGAUGGGGCAAUUACCUACGAAAGUUUGUUGAAAAUGAAGUACCUGGACAUGGUGCUAUCAGAGUCCUUGCGAAAAUAUCCCAGUAUUGCCCUGUCAGAUCGCGUCUGCUCCAAACCGUUUACAAUCGAGCCGGUACAUCCGGGAGAGAAACCGGUGCACUUACAAAAAGGAGCCAUUGUCGGGAUACCGAUAUUUAGCAUGCAUCGUGAUCCCAAAUUUUAUCCCAAUCCCGAUCGCUACGAUCCGGAACGGUUUAGUGACGAGAACAAGUCAAACAUUGAGCCUGGUUCUUAUCUUCCUUUCGGUAUUGGUCCCAGAAGCUGCAUCGGUAACAGGUUUGGCUUACUCGAGGCGAAGAUGUUAAUUUUUAAGUUAUUCCAACACUUUAACGUAGUUGUCAUUAAGGAAACUCAAGUUCCCAUCAAACUGAAACCUAACCAGUUUUCAUUGAGUGUUGAGAAGGGAUUUUGGGUGGGGCUUGAGCCCAGAACCUAAAGUACACUUUUGUAGUGUUUCUCAUUGUCAUAAUAAACCUCUAUAAAUGUGUCA